AUUUUGCAGGGGCUAAUAGAAAAGUUAUUAUACAGUUGUGUUGGUAUUGAAAAUAUUUAUGUUUUGAUUCGCGAAAAGGAAGAGGAAUCCGCUGAUCAAAGAUUAAAGAAAAUAAUCGAUUCUUCAGCGUUCGAUAGGGUGAAAAAACAAGAUAUUAAUGUUUUAAACAAAAUUGUGACGGUACCAGGAAACAUUUCGGAGAAAAAUCUUGGACUGACAACUGAACAUCUGAAAAUUAUCCAAGAAAAGGUCUCAGUAGUAUUUCAUGUAGCGGCUACUGUAAAAUUUAACGAAGAACUAAGUAAGGCAAUGGCAGUCAAUGUGAACGGAACGUUGGAGAUUAUAUCUUUGUGCCGUCGAAUUAAUAAGUUAGAGGCUCUCAUUCAAGUAUCGACCGCAUUCAGCAAUUCGGACAGAAAACACAUUGAGGAGAUUGUUUAUUGCAAUAAUGUCGACUUCGAAGGCCUCAAAAGCCUUACUGAUUUCUGGUCCGGUGACGAGGAUGACGUCAAACGUCUAUUAGGAAAAAAGCCCAAUACAUACACGUAUACUAAGGCAUUGGCGGAGGAGUACGUUAUGAAAUAUGGGAAAGACCUGCCUAUUGCGAUAAUAAGACCAUCUAUAAUUAUAUCUGCAAUAAAAGAACCUAGCCAGGGAUGGAUUGAUAGCUGGAAUGGAUCCACGGGGACGUUUGGUGGCAUGAGUUCUGGUGUUAUGAAGGUCAUGUUUGGAAGUGGAAGCAAUGUUGCUGAUUUAGUGCCAUUGGAUAUUGUAGUUAAUCUCAUAAUAGUGGCUGCCACCAAAUGUAAAAGAUCCUCGUUAAAAGUUUACAACUGUUGCACAGGGACAUCUAAUCCAAUCACAUAUAGCCGUGCCGAAGUCAUAAUCAGAAGAGCGACGUACAAAUAUUCACUGAAUCAGCUGCCCUUUCCUUUCAUGGUUUUUACAAACAGUAGAUUGGUUUAUACAUUACUGCGGUUCAUCCUACAAAUAGUACCCGCUUUUUUGAUUGAUCUAUGGUCACUGUUUAAUGGAAAGAAAGCAAUACAAAUGAAGAUACAACACCGCAUCACUAGGACUCUUGAUCUCAUGAAGUUUUUCAUGAUUAACGAGUGGCAUUUCGAGGACAGCAAUACGCGUGAACUAUUUGAAAAUAUGUCGGAAGAGGACAAAAACGUAUUCAACUUUGACUUGAAGUCAAUCGAUUGGGAUUCAUGCAUAGAAAAUUACGUAGUCGGUAUACAUAAGUAUUUGUUAAAAAAAUCAAAUAUUUCAAUAAAAAUAUGAAAUAUUUGUACCGUGUCCCUAAGCUUAUGCGAUUUUAAUUUACUAGUUUUAUGUUGUAACAAGUAGUAUUAAUAAAAUACCUAAUUAGAUAAAUAAAUAGAAAAUGUGCAUGUGACUUCAUUGUCUAGUUUACUCGUUGGAUUGAUAUUGAACACUACGGAAUGGUAAAGGGUUAAAUAAACAUAUCUCUUAAAUUACUGGAAA